UCACCGACAACACUUCCUGUGUUUACUUCCCUCUGAGCACAGUCAACCUCUCUGUCUCUCUCAGUCAGUGCUGGACACUAGAUAUGCUCAGUGAAGAGACGACAGUCCUGUUGUGCUUCUGAUUCAAAGAUAAAAUUGAUCGAGCAGAAGUCAAGCAUCAAGAUGGAUUACAAAUACGAUGAUGGGAUUGAACUGUUGUUGGCUCACAUGAAUAUCGAGGACAUCAUCAAUGCUGCAGAGACUCUGUAUCAGAUCAAGGAGGAGGAAGCCGAAGGGGAAGGAGGCUUGUUGUUCGAGGAGGAAAGUAUGUCCCAGGAGGAGAUGGACGACAAUGAGGAGGCAGGGCACUCAGGGAGUGGGCAUAAGGAUUAUACUGAUGGCGUUGGUGGUGUUCGCUACGGGACGGUGGCAGACCUCUUGUCUUUUGUCAACCUGCUGUCCAACAUGCAGCCAGCAGCCCUGCAGCAACAGCCUCAGGAGAUGGGAGUCCUGCUGAAUAAGGACAUGGCUAUAAAAAAAGGCCGCUACCAGAUCAACAUGGACGUGCUCCUGUUCCCAUGGAAAUUGACCUACAAGAAUCAUGGUUCGGGCCUCGUGCCCAAGGGCUCAUUUGGGAAAGUCCACUUGGCCCAGGACACUGUCACCAGGAAGAGAAUGGCUUGCAAACUGAUCCCCAUGGAGAACUUCAAAGCAGCCGACGUGGAGUUCCAGGCCCGGUUCCGACACGAGAACAUUGCUGAGUUCUACGGUGCUCUGUUCUGGGACCAGAGCGUCCACCUGUUCAUGGAGGCCGGCGAGGGCGGCUCAGUGCUGGAAAAGCUGGACAGCUGUGGGCCCAUGAGGGAGUUCGAGAUCAUCUGGGUGACCAAGCAAGUCCUGCGCGGCCUGGAGUACCUGCACUCCCAUAAUGUCAUCCACCAUGACAUCAAACCCAGUAACAUUGUGCUGAUGUCAGACAAGGCAGUGCUUGUGGACUUUGGCCUGACGGUGCAGAUGACAGAAGAUAUUUACAUUCCCAGAGACCUAAGGGGAACUGAGAUGUAUAUGAGUCCAGAGGUGGUUCUGUGUCGAGGACAUGACACCAAGACAGACAUCUACAGCCUCGGCACCACUAUCAUCCACAUGCAGACUGGCAGCCCCCCCUGGGUUUGCAGAUACCCACGCACUGCCUAUCCAUCCUACCUCUACAUUAUCCACAAGCAGGCACCCCCUAUGGAGGACAUAGCAGAGGACUGCAGCCUGGCCAUGCGCUCCUUCCUGCAGCGAGCCUUGGAAAGGAAUCCCACUCUGCGGAGCUCGGCAUCUGAGCUGCUGAAGGACGAGGCCAUCAACCCACCCAGAGAGGAUCAGCCACGCUGCUGGAGCCUUGACUCCGCGCUGGAGGAAGCCACCCACACCAUGCUACGGCAACAGAGCCAGCACCAUGACACCACACAGGAAUUAUCUCUGUACUCUGAGGACUCUGGCCACAUGAGAAGAAAGGGCUCCUUGUACAUUGAUCUGGGGGCCUUGUCAGGCUACUGUAAACUAGUGGCAGGGCCUCCCACAUCAGAAUAUGGCUAACACGUUACUGCUACUCAUCACAGCCUUGAUUAAAACAACUUAGUGAUAAUUAGCUUUUUGCCUGCUUCGAUAGUCUGACUCACUCUUCACUGUUUAGAAAUGAUGGAAUAGUUCAGACAGGAGGACAGCUGCAGGCGACAUGGCCCAUUGGGGGAAUGAAAAUGUUUACAAGAGUCAAGAUGAUUCUAAUUAAUGGAACCGGCUCACUCUGAAAUAAACUACACUGCAGGACAGUGGGACACCUAUUAAAUCAGAUGGAUUGUAAAUAAUUUCCUGGUCUACCUUAUGGGAUGUAUGCAUGUGCUUUAUUUCAGUGUAGUAAUUAACACAGUAAUAAAUUAAAUAUAUGCAGUUUUUUUCAUGAUGGUGAAAUUGUAAGAUAUCUGUUAAAAAACGUGUGCACUAGGCCAACAUGCAUGACAUUUAGUUCUUUAUGAACCUUUUCUUGUUUAUUCCUGUGGAAUAUUAAUAGCAUCAUCUUGCUAUGCAAAUGCAUGUGCUAUCAGAUUUGUGUUUUUGAAAUUGCUCAAACUUGGAAAAUGUGUCAAUCAGUACAGAAUAAAAGAACAAUAAAAUGAAAUUCCAUCAUUGUCUGUGAUGUUUCACUACUGUGUCAGAAUUAUAAUAGAUGAUUCAGAUUUGCUGUAGGGGAGAUUUAUACUGUAUGUAAUUUAAAUAUUUUUUAGAACAGUAUGAUUAACCUGGUGUGAUUACCUCUACUUUCAUCUUACUAACACACUGUCCUGACUAUUGGAUGUAAAAUGUCUUUAGCAAGCUGACAAAAAGUAUGUAAAUUACCCAUUGGACAUGUGCACCAGUUUAAAUAAAGAUGUUUUGAUUAUCA